AUGAGUGCGGAUACGCUGCCUGAAGGCGCUCACAAUGGAGUGAGCCCUUCGGCCCGGGAGGGCUUUGAGGGCGCGAGCGACCCUGUGUCGAUGACGGACGCUCUCCGUGCCGCUUCGCUGGCAGCUCGCGGGGGAACUCUCCCGGGUGAGUUGGCUGCUUCUCUAGACGUCGUGCUCGCUCUCCUUCAGUCGAAUUCUGCAGAGGGAGACUCUCCAGAGGAGUUGCCUGCUGCGCUGGAUGCCGCCACAGUCAAGAUCCUCACCAGCGCAGUCGGCCUGCACAUUCCCGUCACACCGGAGACGGCCAAAGCGGCGUCGGCUCAGCUUCAGCAGAUUCUGCAGGUUGUUUGCAAAGCUCUGGUGCUUGAAGUCCGCGCCGCCGGUUGCUCGUCGGGAGCAGCCGCCAGCGAUGACGUGUUGCCAACACUGACGGCUUUCUGUUUGGGCGCACAGCACGCUCUCAAACGUCUGAAGACGGCAUCAGCCACUGUUGCAGCGGCUGGAGUUGGGCGGUACUUCGCUGUGCUCCUGGAUGUCAUCCAGCAGCUGAGUGACCCCGAAGCACAGCUGUUCUUUCAGCACCAGGCAUGCGGCUCGGUUUUCUCGGCGGCCCUCGCGCUCUUGGGUCGAGCUCUCGCGCCCGAUGCGGCCGCCGCAGCAGAGGCAGCGAUCCGGGCGAGCGGCUCACAGGACAGCGUGACACAGCUUGAGCAACAGAUGUUCCAGCCCAACGCGGGGAGUUCCAACGCCAUUCUCCGAGGAAAAGCCGUCCAUCUGCUGGAGCGACUCUGCGACAUCUCACCAUCCGUCCGCGAACUGCUCCAGCAGGACAUCUCGAAGGGCCUCGCGUCACCCCUCGCGGAAGGGGCUUGUGGACCGUACGUUUCUGUCUUCGUUGUCGGGCGCUAUCUGCGCCAGACCUUGCUGAGCAACGCCGCGAAAACGCGAGGAACAGCCAACAAAGGAGGCUCCAGCGCUGCAAAGCACACGGCUGCUGACGACGAAAAGGCCAAACUUUUGGCCGCCAAAAAGGCAGAGGCGCUGGAAAUGAGGCAGACCAUGCUCGAGGUGUAUGUUCAGGCAGUUGUGGAGGCCCGACAGCCCCCCGCCGCUCUCCUCUCCGCAGCGUUUCGCCCUCUUCUUUCGCUCGUUCAAGAAGGAGACUGGGCGACUCUCCUGCCCCCGCUGCAGCGCAGCCUGAAGCGCACUCCGAAUGCGGCGCUGGCUGCGGCCGUCUCUCUCUUUUCGUCUUCUUCUGUCGAGUGCAGCAGCUGCUUGACUUCUGUCUGCGACCAAGGCCUCCUCGACAUCGUGAAAAGCAGCAGCACUACAACAACCGAGACUGCUCGACUGCAGACGGCGCUGCAAGUUAUCGGCUUGCUCGCGCAGCGCUGCAGCGACACGGCUGCUCUGGUCCAGGUCGUCUUAAAGCGUCUCUACGAGCCGCUCAAGAAAGGCAGUUUCACGAAGGCUGGAGAGAGAAUCGCUUUCCUUGCGGCCCUGUCGGAGUGCCUUCUGUCGCCACAUCUGCGCCGGCGCUUCCCGUCGGAGUUGCGCGAGGAAUGGCUUUCGGACUUUGCGUCCGGUAAGACUUCGUUCUUCCUCACGUCUCUGCAGAACGAACUGAACGAAGAAGUGAAGGUGGCAGUCUGCCGAGUUGUCGGCCUUCUCCUCGCCGUGUCGCUUCCCCUGGCGCCGGAGCCAGAUGCCCUGAAGCCCUUCGUCGCUGCCCUGUCCAAGCUCCUCUCUCUGCCGGGAGCAGGGACCGCCACUGGCAAGUCUGCGUCAUCGUCGCCGCGGCUGGCUGCCGCAGCUCUCGAAGCGCUCACCGUCGCGGCGGUCAGCCAGCGGAGCCGCGUGGCGGGCCUUGGCGUCCUCAGGGAGGCGAGCGCCGCCGCUGCGGCUCUGCUGCCGGUCGCGACGACGAAAGUCGGUCUGCGGCCGCAGUGUCUGCAAGCCUGGGCGCUGCUCUCUCUCUUGGAAGACCUGCGGGCGAACGAGGAGGGCUCCGCAGGCGCCGCAGCAGGAGACAAAGAGGCGACGGAUCUCGUGCCAAAGAACGCCGCGCAACUGAUCGUCGAAGAGGACUCCUACCUCAACAGCUUAGUCGCCAUGGAGAAGGCCCAGGAAGCGGAGGAGCUGCGUUCGCAGCUUCGUUUCUUCAGCAUCCUCUGUGCGCGGCGCCCCCUCGUUCUGUCGGCCGUCGCGUACGGCUUUCCGCAUCAACUGUCCACCGAGCCUCUUCUCCUCGCUGGGAGCGGAGCCGGUUUCCUGAAUCUCGGUGACCGCGCGCAAGUCCCUUUUCCUCUCGAGUCUUUCGGCCCCGCUUGCUCUCUUCUGUCUGGCUUCCACUUUGGAGUUGUGCGCCUCCUCAUGACCGUCAUGCAGCGGCGUCUUCAGGGCGCCUCCGCGGGCGACGAGGAGACUUCGGCCUCUCCUGCGCCUCGGGGAACGCCCGCAGCUUCCUCCAGCCUGUCGCGGCCCUUCGGCGCGACGUCAUCGUUCUUCCUCUCCCGCCUCCAACAAGCCGUCCGCACUGUCCCUGAGUUUGUUGACUUGCUUCUUCUCGCGUUCUACUUCCAGCUGGCGCGUUUCUCCGCGCCGGUCGGGACGCCCGCAGCGUCUCGGUCUGUCGCUCAGGCUGCGGCAGGAAACGCAGCGCCGUCGAGCUCUGCGUCGACUUCGGCCGUCGGCGUCCCUCCGUCUGCCGCGGCGCUCCGCUCCACGCUGAGGUUCCUCCUCACGCUGCGCUACCCGCAGGCCUCCACUGCGCCUGCGCUUGCGCACGGCGGCCCUGCGGCGCCUUCGCCGCAGUUCAACGCCCUGCUGCUGCUCUGCCUGAUGCAUCCGCUGCUGCUUCAGUCUCGCAAGAAGUCUGGGGGCCACGUGAUCCGCGCGUGUCUCGUGCGCGUCCAGGCGCUGUGCGGCGCCGACGCCGCGGGCGCUGGAGAGACCGAGUCGAAAAAGAAGAAGAAGCCCGGCCUCGUUGCCUGGGAUACUCUUUUCGGGCUCUUGCCUCUCGCCGCGCAAGCCGGCUGCUCGACGAGCGAAGCCACGGGCGGCUACAGGGAUGCGCUCUUCGGGCUCGUCGAGGGGCUGAGAGGCCUCUGUCUGGCAGCCAAAACGGAGGAACGGAUAGAGAAGACGCCCCCCGGCGCCGCCAGCCGGAAGAAGAAGAGCUGCGGCGAGGUGGCUGCGCGUGACGAGGAAGACCUGGGAGGCAAGCCGAGCAGGAGUGGUCGCGCCGAAGAGGCCUCGACGCGUCAGAGCAGCGUGCCGAUUUCUUUGUUGCUCAGGGGCCUCGAGUCGGCUGCCAAGGCUGCAUGCAGCCAGCUUGCGGGCUUGUUGGGCACGGAGGAAAUGAAGGCUUUCUCCGAGCAAGACGUCGCGCUCUACUUUGCGCGCGACGACGAGCUUUACCGCGAAGAAGGGACUUACCAGGCGCAGGAAGUCGAGGCGAAAAACGUGAAGAAGAACAAGUUCCAGAGCGCCUUGUACGGCGACCUCGCAGACGAAAUCCAGCAAGAGCCCAAGACACGGGCAGGCGCCGGAGCCUCGAAGAGCUCCGCCAAGCCCACAGGCGCCGCCGGCGUGCACCGCGCGGGCGCCACUGCGUCGGCGCGGAAAGAUGCGCGAGGCGCGCGGCCUGGUCACGGCGCCGGCGGCGCAGCUGCCGGGAGUGGCAACCAGACGAAGGCAGACUUGGAGGCCGAGGAGCUCGCUCUGCAGCAGGCGCAGCGUCGCCGCAUGCGCGCCAGCGUCGAGCGGACGGAGUACGCGUUGCAGUGCCUGGGACUCUUGGGGGAGUGCAUGCCUGGCGCAGUGGAGGCUCUCUUUUCGGUUCAGGACGAGGGCGGGAAGGCGAAGGCCGUUGCCGAGGACGCUAGCCAGGCGGCGGGGGGCAGGCACGCGGAGGGGGGAAGUGUGCGCCUGCAGGUUGCCUUCCAGGAUCUCAUGCGCAGCCCCCUGGUGAGCAUGGAGGCGCUGAAGACGCUGCGGCGGAUCGUGAAUGGCGGGCUGGUGCCGCAGGCCGUCGUUCCGCGGCGCAGCGUUCUCCCCGAUGCGCUGCUGCGCGUGGGGUUGAGCCUGCCGCUAGAAGAGGCGGACGUGCAGCUGCUGGCAACUAUCCACCCGAAGGCAGUCCUGUCGCCGGCUGCGGCGGCGUUGAUUCUGCCUGUCGUCUCGGCGAUUCUUCAGAACGCCCAGAGUUCCGGCCUGCCGGCCUCGCAGCAGGCCAUGGAGCUCCUCCGCCAGCAGCUGCAGCUGCGCGCGCCGUUGCAUGAGCGCGAAGUUCUCGGCUGCCUCUCCUGUUCGCUCCGCGCGCAUCCGUCGCUAGUCAGCACGGCCGCGACGGCGCUGCAGGACUUUUGCGCAUACCUCCUCGCGCGCAGGGAGAAGAAACGCGACGACGCUUGCGACGCGGAGACUGAGGAAGCUGACCAGACGUCGCUCCUGGAGACGCUUCUGAACGUCGCGGUCGCCGACGAUGCCACGGUGCGGCGCGCAGUCGUCGAGGCCCUCCAGGUCGCCCCCAAGGACUUCCUCAAGAAGCACCUCGAGUGCAUCGCGUACUUGCUCGUUCUGCAGCAAGACGUCAAAGAGGGCGACGAAGACGCAGACGCGAAGCGCACGCAGCUCGCCGCCAGCAAGCUGCUCAAAUCCGUCUGGGUGCAGAACGAAGUUGUCAACAAGGAGAGACUCGGGGACGUCGGCGUGCUCCUGCGGACGCCCCACAAGGGCUUCCAGCUCCUGGCGGCGAAGGCCUUCGCCUCGCUCGUCGCGGACUUGGGCGGCGCGAGCCAGCUCGACGUGGCGAUGUCUGCGUUGCCGCAGCUAUUUUCUUGGUAUCUGCUGGAGUCGUAUCCCGAGGGCGCGGAGAAGGCGGCGGCGCGUCGCGCGCGGCGUGCGGCUGAGAAGAGCGGCGCGGCUGCAGAGGGCGCGGAGCGCGGCGCGCGCGGGGGCGAUGCGAAGCCGACCAUUGCGUACCAGAAAAAGGAGGCAAAAGACCCGUUUUUCGUCGGCGGGAAGGGCCGAAAGACGCAAGGCGGCUCGCCUGGCUCGCCGGCGUCGCCGCAGCCGACCGCCGAUGCACGCGAAGGCGAGAAGAACGGCGGGGGAGGGGCGAGUCCGAACCUGAAGACGCUGGAGGCGCACGGAGCCGCGGCACGGCCUGCGACGCGCGGAGAAGAAGAGGAGCAGCAGGAGUCGUUGAACAUGAAGCUGGGUGUGGCGCGGACGCUGCAGUGCCUCGCAGAGAGGCGGCUGCUGGCGUGGGAAGAAGCCGUUCAGGAAGUGCUUCGCUUUUUGCUGACUUCCGCGUUGACAACAGUCGAGGCGAUCGAGGACGAGGGCCUGCAGCAGGCGCUGCUCGCUGCAGGUGUGGCGGCGAUUCAGAACUGCGCGACGGAGAACGAGGAGGACGGCGGGCAGGCGGUGCGCCAAGAGCUCUUCCACGUCGUGGAGAAAGCGUCGAAGAAGGGCGUCUCCGCGUGCGGCGCGGCGGGCGAAGGCAAGAAGGCGCGCAGCGUGGACGCGUCUGAAGUGCAGGCGGUGUUGAACGUCGCCUGCUCCGUCUUUUUCGGCGCGAUUGCGGAGAAGCUGGACGGCUCGGAUCCCACGGUGAAGAAGAUCAUCAAGGAGUUGAUUGCCUGCAUCGUCGACCCGCGCGCGCCCUCGCCAGACGUCCAGCGCACGAUCUCGCGCGCGCUGUCUCCGCUGGUUCGCCUCUGCGCGUCGGGCGGCGCCACGCCUGCAGGCGAGGUCUCCGAGAGCCAGGCCUUCUGCUUCUCGCUGCUGUCGCAGAUGCUGGACGCCGCGCUGACGGGCGACGACAUCGUGGUGCGGCGCGGCGGCGCGCGGGGUUUGGGCGGCAUCGUCAAAGGGCUGGGCAUUCUCACGCUCAAGACGCAGCACGUGAUGGACGCGCUCAAGGAGGCGAUGGAGAGCAAGGACGGCGUGCGGCGCCAGGGCGCGUUGCUCUGCAUCGAGGCGUUGUCUGACGCCCUCGGCCGGCUCUUCGAGCCCUACACGCUGCACACGCUCUCUCUGCUCCUGAGCAGCUUCUCCGACACAGCCUUCCCCGUGCGCCUCGCCGCCCAGCAGGCAGCCAGGCAGAUCAUGGCGCAGCUCAGCGGCCAUGGCGUGAAGCUCAUCCUCCCCACGCUGAUUGAGAAGCUCGAAGACCCGCAGUGGCGAACCAAAGUCGGCAGCAUCGAGCUUCUCGGCGCCAUGACUCACUGCGCGCCGCGGCAACUCGCCUCCUGCCUCCCGCAGGUCGUCCCCCUCCUCAGCGAAGUCAUGUCAGACACGUGCUUCCCUAAAGUCCGCGAAAGCGCCCGCGACGCCCUCUUCGCUAUCGCGGAGGUCAUAUCUAAUCCAGAAAUCAAGCAGCUCGCCCCGAAGCUCAUCGAGACGCUCGUGGAUCCGACGACGGAGAAUACGAAGCGCAUGCUCGAGGUUCUGCUGACGACAUCUUUCCGGAAUUCCGUGGACGCUCCCUCGCUGGCACUGGUGUGCCCGAUUGCCAUUCGCGGCCUGCGCGAGCGCGGCUCGGAGACGAAGCACAAAGCGGCGAAUAUCGUGGGGUCCAUGGUGUGUCUGGCGACGGAGCCGAAGGACUUCCUGCCCUACCUCCCGCAGAUUCUCGUGCACCUGCAGUCGACGCUCGUGGAUCCGAUUCCGCAUGUGCGUGCGGCGGCUGCGCGUGCCUUCGGCACGAUUGCCAAGGGCGUCGGCGAGGAGCACCUGAGCGACGUGCUUUCGUGGCUCUUUCGCACACUCAAGACUUCGGAGAGCUCCGUGGAGCGCAGCGGGGCGGCCUACGGGCUGUCCGAAGUCCUCGUCGCGCUCGGGCCUGAGCGCCUCAAGGCCUUCCUGCCUGACAUCCUCGCGAACGCCACCGACCAGCAGGCGCCGCCCGACGUCCGCGAGGGAUACCUCGGCUUGUUUGUCUACUUGCCCACGGCAUUCCGCGAGAGUUUCCAGGACUACGUGCCCGAAGUCCUGCCGGUGCUUCUCGGCGGCCUCGCCGACAACGCCGAGCCCGUCCGCGAAGUCUCGCUGCGCGCCUGCGACGUCUGCGUCCAGCAGUAUGCGCAGACGCACACCGCGCUCCUGCUGCGGCCCCUGGAGGACGGGCUCUUCAGCCCCGACUGGCGCAUUCGCCAGAGCUCCGUGACGCUCAUUGGCACGCUCCUCGAUCGUCUGCUGCGCGGCUGCGGCGAAGGCGUCGCGGCGGAGGACGUGAUGCAGACGGAGAUCCUGAGUCUGGAGCGCCGUGCGUUCAUCCUCAGCUCGCUCUACAUCAUUCGCUCCGACGAAGCGGCGGCCGUCAGGCAGACAGCUGUCCAAGUCUGGAAGAGCCUCGUCUCCAACAGCCCGCGCACGCUCAAGGAACUCCUCCCCAUCCUCACCAAGCGACUCAUCAGCAACCUCGCCGCCUCCUCCGCACUCCCCGGAGGCGAAGAAAAGCAACGCGUCGCCGCCCGCUGCAUCGGAAGCCUCGCGCACAAACUUGGAGACGCGGUGCUGCCCCAGCUGCUGCCCUGCCUCGAGCAGUCUCUCAGGAGCCCAGAUGCCUCGACGCGUCGGGGCGUGUGCGUGGGUUUGGCGGAAGUUGUCGCCUCGGCGCCGCGCGCCACUCUGGUGGAGCACAUGUCUCCGUUGCUGCAAACGGUUCGCUCGGCGUUAGCCGAUCACGACGCGUCGGUUCAGCACGCAGCGAGCCGCGCGGCAGGCUGCCUCAUCGACGGCCUCGGCAGCGACGCCUCAGACCGCAUCCUGCCCCCGAUGCUGUCGCAGCUCAUCGAGCCCGCGGUGUACACGCGUGAACAGGCUGCGAAGGUUUUCACGUCGCUGCGCGAGGCUCAGCUGCAAGGCUUCGAGUUGCUGCUGCAGGAGCAGACGCAGGCCGUCCUGCCGCGACUCCUCGCACUCGUCGGAGACGCAUCGCGGCCCCUGGACGCCUCCAAGCUUCGCCUUCUUGGCUCAUGCGCCACAAUUCAGCCUCUCGAGAGACUGCAGCGCAACCUCAAGCGAAUCCUGCAGCUCCUCCUCGGCGCCUGCUGUCAGACAGCUCUGCCUGAGAGUGCGGACUCGACGCUGCUGUGGACGGAGGCGCUCGCGGCGGCGCUGCGGCUGAUCAAGCGCCUGGACGCGGAGGGGAUCACGCUGCUCGUGGCAGUUUUGGAGGAAGAGCUGCGAAACGUGAACCCGAUCGUCGAGCUCACUGCGCACGGUCGCCAGCAGCUACUCUCGCGAAGCGCGGCGACUGCGGCGCGGGCUGCGUACCAGAACGCGGCGGGGGCCGGCAAGUCCAAGCGAGACGACGACGGGGAGGACGGCGAGGAGGCGGGCGCCGCGAAGACCGCGACGUCGACCUUCGCGCCGAUCGCCGCCACGGCCUUCUUGAACAUGAAGGAGUUGCGGGCACAUCCGGACUUCAUGAAGUUUGUUGAAACCGACCCCCUGAACGGCAGGCGCAGACGUGCCAUCGGAGAAGUCUUUCUGCUGCUGCUCUGGUCGCGCGGCGUCAACUCCAUGGUGCCCUUCCUCGAACACAUCCUCCAGCUCGUCCUCCCCAUGGCGCUAGCCGACCCCGCCGAAGAGGCCCUUGUCGCCGGAGGCGCGUGCCUGGCUGCCCUCCACGUGCAAAUCAGACGCGAGGAGCUGCUCGGAAUCAUUCCCGAGCUGCACGGUACAGUGCUGAAGUUCGUGGCGGAUCCGGUGACUGGGAAGCCAGUUGGCAGCCAAGUGCUGGUGCUGCCUGGACUGGCGAUCUCGAAGAAGGAGCCCGCGACGUUCGCGCUGUCUCCCGCGCCGCUACCGCCCGCGUUCCCGCCCUUCAGCAGCGCCUCGCUGCUGGCAGCUGAGCCGCCGAAUCCGUGCCCGUCGACGUUCGAGACGCUGGCGCUGAUUUACCAGCAGGGACUGAUGUAUGGCACCUCGACGAUUCGGGAGGCCUCCGCCCGCGCGCUCCAGCAGCUCGUCCUGCAUGCAAGCGCCUCUGCAGUCGAGCCCAUGGCGGUGAAGCUCGCGGGUCCGCUCAUUCGCACGGUCGGCGACAAGUUCUGCGGCCAGGUGAAGGGCGCAAUCCUCCUCGCCAUCCGAGCGCUGCUGCUGAAGGCUGGCCUGAGUGUGAAGCCUCUGCUGCCGCAGCUCCAGACGACGCUGCUGAAGUGCAUCGUCGAUCCUCAUCCCACUGUGCGCACUCUCGGCUGCCGCAUCAUUGGCACGGUCACGUCGCUUAAUGUGAGCACGCGCGUGGAAGGACUUCUUGGAGACCUGGUCGGCCUCAUUCAGAACGCGGCGGCGACCGGAGCCGGUGCGCUGCAGGUUUCUCUUCUCCAGGCGGUUUCAAACGUCCUUCGCAGCCUCACAGCUCGGUGCUCCGGAGCGACCUACGCGAAGGUCCUCGACGCCACGUGGGAAGGCGUGCGGAGCCGGCAGGAAGAGGAGGCGAAAGUCGCGGCCGGUCAGGCGAUCUCCGUGCUCCUUCUGAAGCAUGCGAGCCGCGAGGAUGCGCUCGCUUUCUUGCGCGACCAAGUUCUCGACAGCGGCAACCAAUUCGAAGCGGACAGCCGCUUGGCCGCUUGCCUCGUCCUGACUCCGAUUUUCCGUGGAGGCCGAGACGGUUGGGAAAUCCUGAAGGACUCAGACAUCGAAGACGAGAUAUUCGUGCUCAUCGGCACUCUCCUGGAAGACCAGGCGAGCGCCGUCCAGCGCGCAGCUCUCGAUGUCUUCCGAGUUGCAGCGGCUUGCAGCAGACACGACCAAGCGGUUGCGCGUCACUGCUUCAAGCUCGUUGGCAACGCGAAGGCUGCUGCGGCGGCGGCGGGCGUGACGAACACAGGAGCCCUUCUCGCUUGUCUCCGGGGCCUGCGAAGCCUCGCCAAGCACUCCACCGCUCUGCUGGCAGACAAGCGCGAGCGCUACUUGCUCGACACCUGCGACUUGGCGUCGCUCUAUCUCUUCCAUCAGUCUCCGGUUGUCAAGCUUCAGGCCGAGGCCGUUUUCCGCUACGCGCUCCGUGUGUCGGGCAGCGAAGAUGGACGCGAUGAAGCUGGGAUCUUCGAAGCUCUUCAGCAACUGCAGGCAGGCGGUUUCGAUCCUCGCAGACUCCAGCAGCUCUCUGAGUACGCGAAGCGUGUCCUGACACGCACGGCUCAGUCCACCAACCAACUCUCAGACACGGACGACGAGGAAGAAGACAGCCAAGAGGAUCUGAACGACUUCGACUGGAUGGCCUAG